AUGCAGCCAUCACAGGAUACCGAUAAAGAUCAAAAGUCCAUUCUGAAUGCAACGAAAGUCAGUCCACCUGUCAUGAUCAAAGCCAACGAGAAGAUGAAGCAUGAUGUCAACAACAAGAGCAAGCCCGGCUUGGCUAACGUGGUUAGCGGCAAUGAGAAAGUACAAACAGUAUCUGGCAAUACUCGAUUAUUAUCGCAUCUGAAACUAAAAGAACAACAACGAAUGACUAAAUGUGCAAAGCUAGUCGAUCGCUUUAACCAAUGGACCAAUCUAACAUCGGAGCAUUUCCUAGAUCAAUCGGACUACUUAGUAGUUGGCGUAAUAGGCCUUGAAGGUGUCGGAAAAUCGAGCAUUAUGUCGCGCCUAACCAAUAUAGGAACUUUACAAAAGUAUUCUCUUCAUUUCAAUAUACUUACUCACGCGCCGGAGUGA